AUGGAGCCUACCAAGUACUCUGAUACCAUACUCAGGAACUUGUUACUGGAAACUUGCGUUGUUAGCAAAUGUCAAGUACACAACUGUACGAUCAAACGAUCCAGAUUCUCGGAUUCCGAGGUACAUCAAUGUGUUUUUGUCCAGAUGGGGGAAAACAAGAAAAUCGAGGUUACGAAUAUCAACACCUUCACAGAUUGCAAGAUCUACUCUUGCGAUUCGAUCCGGCACGCUGUGAUUGAGAACUCAGAGGUUCACGACUCGACAGUUUCCUCCGGUGGUUGGGGUGUCAGACAUGUUGCUAUUAGGAGGAGCAAGCUAUUCAGUUGUCGCUUGCCAGAACACCCUAUGGUAUCGCGCUCAGAUCUCCAUGAUUGUGUGCUGUUUUGGAUCUCAGUGCUAGAGGGUUCAGGUGCAGGACUCGCAAACUGCAAUGUCUAUGACUCGUUGCUGGAAAAUCCUCUAGUUCGGGAUUCGAAGCUGAGGAAUUGCAAAGUCGUUGGAUUAUCCGCAAUACAACCUACAACCAAUAGCCUCGACCGGUCAGUAGUCAGCAAUCUGUUCAUUGAGUGUGAAAUCCGAAGAGUGGCUGUUAGCCGAGGUCUUUUCAUAGAGUCCCAUCUAAAGUACACCUCGAUUCGCGAUUCGUCUUUCACUAGAUGCUCAGUACGGCGAUGCAGUAUAGCUCCAGCACCAGCAAAGAAGGCUGAUGUCGUAGAAGCGCUGAGAAGCUUUCCUAGAAAGCAGGAAAAGGGCAGACCGCUCAAAGACGAGAUGGAGAAGUCACUGACUCAUCUUCCCUUGGAGAUACAGAUGAGAGUAGUCCAAUUUGCGGCGGCAUCACUACAAUGGAACGGUAUAUCACCACCCCUGAUUGUUGCAUUACGCCCACAUCCGCUCUUGUAUAGAACGGCGUUGUCAGCCUUCGCCCAGACGAACUGGUAUUCCACAGAGGCUAUUUAUGCAGGUGGUAGAAGAUCCCUUCGCAAGACGCCAAAGUCGUUUCACACAGUGAGAAAGUUGGAGAUACAAAAUCUUUGGGUCUGGAAAGAUUGCAUUCGGCUCAUUCAAAGGGUCCCCUCACUUACUUCACUAGAGCUGAGCAUAGGUCACUUUGUUGAUCACCGCCCGGAGAAGCUCCCUGACAUAUUUAACACCGUAAAAAGGUUGAAGUGCCUCAGGAAAUUCUCGAUCACCGAGUGCAGGUUGUUCCCCAGCAGUCUCCUCUAUUAUCAGUCCUAUGCCCAGACACAAAUCACGCGUAGAAAACUUGAAGCUUUUGUUCGUGCUGUGGAUAAAGAGUGGAAGGUCCAGUCAUCCUUCAAGGGAAUGGAAGAUUUCUGGGUGUUGACAUGGAAGGCGCCUCCUGGGUGUACGUUGACAUCAGGGUCGAAGGAAACCAUGCUCGUGGAACAAAAGGUGUGGAAACUGAGAAGUUCAGGCUCAUUAGUUUAA